CAAUUGACCUUUCGCAAAAGCCGCAGUGAUUUAAGCAAGGGCGUAGCUUUGCGUAGGGACAUAACACUAGCAACUGUUCAGGAUGCUCAAAUUGUCCCUACCAACUUUUAACCCUUUAUUGCCAAACGUAUCGCAUUUGAUACACCUAAAAUCUCGUGAUUUUGAGACUCAUUCAGAAUUUUGACAAUUCUUUUUGAAAAAAAAAAGAUGGAUGCAAGUCAACACAUGCAUCUGCAGGUUCCAUGAGAAAAACAAACAGGAUUUAGCAAGGGUUAUAGAUAUCAGAGCGCUUAUUACACAUAUUCAUUUUACUUUUCUUUUUACAAAUUUGAAAAAAAAGGUUUCAUUAGGACCUUAAAUUUUGGGAUUCUAUGACAAUUGCUUCAUGUUGCAGGUAUUUAUUUAUUAAGCAACCUUAUUUGCGUGAUGUAAUGACUUCAGUUACAGUUCUGGCCAAAAGUAUUGGCACCCCUGCAAUUCUAUCAGAUAAUGCCCACUUUCUCCCAGAAAAUGAUUGCAAUUACAAAUGAUUUGGUAGUAAUAUCUUCAUUUAUUUUGCUUGCAAUGAAAAAACACAAAAGACAAUGAAAAGAAAAAAAGAUCAUAAUCAUUAUACACAGAACUCCAAAAAUGGGCCGGACAAAAGUAUUGGCAGCCUUCGAAAAAUCAUGUGAUGCUUCUCUAAUUUGUGUCAUUAGCAGCAACUAAAUCACACUUGAAGCCAGUUGAAAUGGAUUCAAGUUGACCCAACCUCUGUCCUGUGUCCUUGUGUGUACCACAUUGAGCACAGAGAAAAGAAAGAAGACGAUUGAACUGUCUGAGGACUUGAGAAGCAAAAUUGUGAGGAAGCAUGGGCUAUCUCAAGGCUACAAAUCUAUCUCCAAAGACCUGAAUGUUCCUGUGGCUACUGUGCGCAGUCUCAUCAAUAAGUGGAAAGCCUACGGCAAUGUGGCUAACCUGCCUAGAUGUGGACUGAAAACAAAGAUUUUGACGAAAGAUUGUGCGGAUGCUGGAUAAAGAACCUCAACUAACAUCCAAACGAGUUCAAGCUGUCCCGCAGUCCGAGGGUACAACGGUGUGAACCCGUACUAUCCGUCGGCAUUUGAAUGAAAAGGGACUCUAUGGUAGGAUACCCAGGAAGACCGCACUUCUGACCCAGGGACAUAAAAAAAGUAUGGCUGGAGUUUGCCAAAACCUACCUGAGAAAGCCGAAAAUGUUUUGGAAGAAUGUUCUCUGGUCAGAUGAGACGAAAGUAGAGCUUUUUGGGGAAAGGCAUCAACAUAAAGUUUACAAGGAAAAAAAUGAGGCCUUCAAAUGAAAGAACACGGUCAAACACGGUGGAGGUUGCCUGAUGUUUUGGGGUUGCUUUACUGCCUCUGGCACUGGACUGCUUGAACGUGUGCAUGGCAUUAUGAAGUCUGAAGCAGCACAAUGUAGGGCUCAGUGUGAGAAAGCUGGGCCUCCCUCAGAGGUCAUGGGUCAAUGACCCAAAACACACAUCAAAAAGCACUAGAAAAUGGUUUGAGAGAAAGCACGGGUGACUUCUCAAGUGGCCAACAAUGAGUCCAGACCCGAAUCCCAUAAAACACCUGUGGAGAGAUCUGAAAAGGGUACUCUUCAAAUCUCAGCGACCUGGAGCAGUUGGCCAAAGAAGAAAGGUCUAAAAUUCCAGCAGAGCAUUGUAAGAAACUCAUUGAUGGAUACCGGAAGUGGUUGUUCGCAGUUAUUUCGUCUAAAGCAGGGGUCUCCAAACCGGUCCUUAAGGGCCGCUGUGGGUCCUGGUUUUUGUUCCAACCGAUCAAGCACCGACAGUUUAACCAAUGAAGUUUUAGCUAAAACAAGCAGCACCUGACUGCAAUCAACUGAUUACACUUGUUAGACACCAGAUUGUUGCAAAGGUGUCGUAUUGUUGUGUUGGAAUGAAAUUCUGCGCCCACUGCGGCCCUAUGUGGAAUAGUUUGGAGACCACCGGUCGAAAGGUCCGAUCAAUUCCGGAGCUUUGUGGACUACUGCUUACUAAAAAUUCCUCAGGACCGACCUUCGUCGGGGGAGCUACUUCUACACGACUUUGUGCGACGGGAGCGGUCGCCGAGGAUCCUGCUGGAUUUGAUCCAUAGGACCAAGGAUGCCGUGCGCGAACUGGACAACCUGCAGUACCGCAAGAUGAAGAAGAUACUCUACCAGGAGAAGCACAAGGGACCAAUGGGGGAGAGUCAGGACGACGACGAGGAUAGCGAGGCGGCCAGCUGCAAGAUGAACAGCAUGGGCAGCGACCACUCCGUACCCAGCACAUCGCUCAGCACGGGCAGCCGGAGCAGCAGCAUCAACAGCCUGCAGGAAGGUCUAGAGGACGUCCCUGGCGGGCAUCCGCACGACUACGCUAGCACCCUGGACUCCUCUGUGCACGCCGACAAGGAGCUGCAUUACAAGUGGGACGACGGCCUUCACAAGAGUAGCCAGGCCCAAAACUACAAGAACCAGGCCCGUUUUGCAACAAUCAAGUCUGCAUCCUUGGUGACCAAGCAGAUCCAUGAGCAUGAGCAAGACAGCGAGCUGCGCGAGCAGAUGUCGGGCUACAAGCGCAUGCGGAGGCAACACCAGAAGCAACUGAUCGCCCUGGAGAACAAACUCAAGGCCGAGAUGGACGAGCAUCACCUCAAACUGCACAAGGAGGUGGAGACGCAGGCCAACAAUGCCUAUAUCGAACUGGAAAAGCUGGCCAAGAAACACGUCGCGCACGCCGACAAGGAGGCCAAGUGCGCGCUGGCCGAUGAGAAGAAGUUCCAGCAGCAAAUUGUGGCGCAGCAGAAGAAGGAGCUGAGCACAUUCCUUGACACGCAGAAGAAGCAAUACAAACUCUGCAAGGAGAAGAUCAAGGAGGAGAUGAGCGAGGACCACAGCACGCCCAAGAAAGAGAAGCAGGAGCGUCUGUCCAAGCACAAGGAGAACAUGCAGCACUCGCAGGCCGAGGAGGAGGCCGACCUGCUGGCCCGCCAGCGCCUUCGCCUCGAGCGCCAAGCCCGCGCCUUCAAGCGCGCCGCUCUCGUGACCAGACACCGCCUAGAGCACCAACGCGUGCGGGAGGAACUGAAUAAAAAGAAAACCCAGAAGGAGGCGGAGCACGCAAUGCUGAUCCGCCAAGACGAGGCCACGCAGGAACUGGAGAGACGGCAGCUUGGGAGCUUGCAGAGGCUACGCGUGGACCUCGUCCGCCUGCAGCACCAAACGGAACUGGACAACCAGAUGGAGUACAACGGGCGGCGCCAGAGCGAGCUGCGGCGCAAGCACAUCGUGGAGUUGCGUCGGCAGCCGAAGAAUGUCAAGGCACUGGAGUCUCAGAUCAAGAAGCAGUUUGAGGACACAUGCAAGGUCCAGAGCAAGCAGUACAAGGCGUUGCGGCAGCAUCACGCCGAGGUCACGCCCAAGGGCGAGCACAAGGGUGUCCUCAAGGCGCUCAAGGACGAGCACACGCGCAAAAUGGCCGUCCUGGCCGAGCGCUACGAGCAGAGCGUCAACCACAUGAUGGCCUCGCAGGCGCUUCGGCUGGACUCGGCCCAGGAGGCAGAGUGCCAGGCGUUGGCGCAGCAGCUGCAGCAGGAGUUGGAGCUGCUCAACGCCUACCAGAGCAAAAUCAAGAUGCAGACCGACGUGCAGCACGAGCGCGAGAGCCACAAGCUCCAGCACAAAGUCUCGCUCAGGCGCGCGCACCUCGAGCAAAAGAUCGAAGAGGAGCUGCUGUCGAUGCAGAAGGACCACACGGAGCGCGUCAAACUUCUUCUGGAGCGCGAGGAGCACGAGUUGGAAGCCUUCGACAUGGAGAGCGUGCGUCUGGGCUUCGGGAACUUGGCCGCCGCCGCGCUGGACUUCGCCAAGGACGACUUUAGAUGAGAACCGCGUCGUGCGACUUGGGUUUUUCCUCAACACGCGCACCCCGAUACACGCGUCCACACAAAACCGGAUGACCGAUUUCUCCGCACUUGCGACAAUGUGAAGACAUAUCCAAGCCUAUUGCUGCCACACCAGACAACAAAAAAAGAAUAAAUAAUACCACAGAAGUGGGUCGACGAUCUUUAACUCAUUCGCUGCCACUGACGGCCAAACUAUUUUGACCGGGAUGGCCUUCCUGGGUCGAAAGCCGUCGGGGGCAGUCGAUGACUUAAAAUGCGACGUAGGCGCGCGCGCGCACACCGGGCCCGGUCGUACUCUGGUCUUUCCUGCCCUCCCUCUUGGAUGUGAAUGGCAGUGACCAUUUUGAUAUGUAUAACGUGGUCAUUUGUCUGGUUAAAUUGUGCAACUUUUUUUCAACGUGGAAAUGUUUCUGUCGUGGUAGCAAUAUGCCCGAGUUGAAAAGGAAGAAUCAGGCGUUUCUAGCACAAAGGGCUCGAUAGUGUACGCGGGCGGCUACUUUGUACCGAAAGAUUUGACUUAUUUUCUUAUUCCGUUUUAAGCGAGCGAUUCUUCUCGGAUAAGUGUUACGAUUCCAUCGUUUGGGAUGAGGCUGCCGAUUGCAUGCACUUUAAUCACCACCACCAAUCAAUCACACGCUGUCUGUCCAACGGGAAGAAAUGAAGUGUUUUAAUUAUAUUUGUAAAUAAAGUGCUGAUGGCAUAGGCUGCGUCUUCUCAUUUUGUCCCCAUUUUGCAAUACACAUCGACAAAAACAGUGGUCAGUACAGUCAGGGCCGGCCCAGCCUCUACGCAGACUAUGCAGCUGCUUAGGGCCCCUGACCACUAGGGGGGGGCCCCAAUCUGGCAAUUGUUUAAUUUAUAUUCUAUUUUGUUUACUACACUUUGCUUUAUUUGAAUUUUGUGAGUUUUGAUACUUGAUUACAAGCUUAAGAAAUAUAAAAAUUCUUCCUUAACCUCUUUCUGUCUUCUUUUAGAAAAAGGUUUGGCGCUAUCUACUGUAAGUACUGACAAUUAUUUGGGGUGAGAAGUUUGAAGUAUGCAGUGCAACAAAAUCUGAUUAAUAUACAAAAUAUGGACGUAUGGGUUAGAUUGAAUGUAUGGGUUUCACAGUACACUGUGACAAAAUGGUGGGCCAAAAAUAUGGGCCCCUUUGCAUUACUUUGCUUAGGGCCCCCAAAUGGCCUGGGCUGGCCCUGAGUACAGAGGACCAAUUUGAACAAUGGAUCAACUUGUGCAGACGUCCAAAAGACCAGUUUGAUGCCAGCAAGGUGAAGCCAUUCACCUUCAUAUGCAGUAAACAUUUUGUUGAGGCUGAUCCAUUGACUGCCACAGCCUGCCCCGAAGAGGUAAGCCAUUUUAUUUUUAGCGUGGCGUUUUGCAGUGCUGCUUCUGUCUGACAUUGAAUGACCUGAAAAAAAUAAAAUGUAUGAAUCCCAACAGUCAUGUCGGUGUAUUUUUCUAAAAUACGGCUAUUUAAAUAAAUUAGCCAUGUUUGGCCUUGGUCUUUUUGUAUUAAGCCUAUUCAUGCCAACAGGUAGGCUCUAGAAUUGACAGCUUUACCUUUUCUGUUGUAAAGAAACAA